AUGGCGAAGUCGAAGCUAAAACCGGAGAACACUACCGUAAUUCAACACCUGGAAGAAAAUAAACCACAAGAACAAGUAGGAAACGAACACACUAAACAAGAAGAGGACGAAGAAGAGAAGAAUUUCGAAGAAUUGGGCGUCGACCCCCGUCUAAUUCGGGCACUAUCAAAAAAAUCCAUAGAAAAGCCCACUCCAAUUCAGCGCGUCGCAAUUCCUCUUAUUCUAGAAGGUAAAGAUGUUGUGGCCCGAGCAAAAACUGGUUCCGGGAAAACCUUUGCGUAUCUUCUUCCUCUGCUUCAAAAGCUUUUCUCGGAUAUUCCUUCGAAAAAGAACCUUGCUCCCACUGCAUUUAUUCUCGUUCCGACCCGGGAAUUAUGCCAACAGGUGUAUUUGGAGGUGAUGUCAUUGAUCGAGUUAUGUAGAGUGCAAUUGAAAGUUGUUCAAUUGACUAGCGCCAUGUCUGCUUCUGACUUGAAAACGGCAUUAGCAGGACCGCCUGAUAUACUUGUAUCAACUCCUGCUUGUAUACAAAAAUCGUUGUCGAAUGGCAUUCUCCUAGCUAAAGCUAUUCAAGAUUCACUUUCAGUUCUUGUGCUGGAUGAGGCAGACCUUCUUUUGUCGUAUGGAUAUGAGGAUGAUCUAAAAGCUUUUACAGCUCAUGUACCCAAGCGUUGUCAGUGCCUUCUCAUGUCUGCUACUUCUAGUGCUGACAUCGAUAAGCUGAAAAAGCUUGUUCUUCAUAAUCCCUACAUCUUAACUCUUCCUGAAGUGGGAGAUGUGAAGGAUGAUGUUAUCCCCAAAAAUGUUCAGCAAUUUUAUAUUUCUUGCAGUGCCCGUGAUAAACUUGUGCAUAUCCUUGCCCUAUUGAAGUUGGAGUUAAUUCAAAAAAAAGUGCUGAUUUAUACUAAUACAAUUGACAUGAGUUAUAGGCUGAAGCUGUUCCUUGAACAGUUUGGGAUUAAAUCUGCAGUUCUAAAUGCUGAGCUGCCUCAGAAUUCUCGUCUACACAUUCUUGAGGAAUUCAAUGCUGGCCUCUUUGAUUAUUUAAUUGCUAAUGAUGACAGUCAAUCAACAGCGACAGGUCAAAAUGAUAAGGAAAGUCAUGGUGCAGGAAAAAAACCUAAAAAACAUCCCAAGAGAAAAUUAGAUGGAGAAUUUGGAGUAGUGAGAGGAAUAGACUUCAAAAAUGUGCACACGGUUCUAAAUUAUGAUAUGCCUUGGACCGCUGCUGGAUAUGUGCAUCGGAUUGGACGAACUGGAAGAGCCUAUAACACUGGUGCAUCUGUAUCUCUUGUUUCUUCUGAGGAGAUGGAAAUUUUUGAGGAGAUUAAAUCUAUUUUGGGAGAAAAUGAUGGCGAGGAUUCAAAAUUUAUAGCCCCAUUCCCUUUGCUCAGCAAGAAUGCUGUGGAAUCCUUGCGAUACAGAGCCGAGGAUGUUGCAAGGAGUGUAACAAAAAUUGCUGUCAGGGAAUCUCGCGCACAGGAUCUAAGAAAUGAAAUUCUGAACUCUGAGAAGUUGAAGGCUCAUUUUCAAGACAAUCCAAAAGACUUGGAUCUUUUGAAGCACGACAAAGUUCUGAGCAAGAAGGACCCAGCUCCCCACUUGCAUGAUGUGCCUGAGUAUCUUUUGGACCCAACAACACAGGAGGCUAGCAAGAUUGUUAAGCUUGCUAGAGCUGCUAUGGGAAAUACCAACCCAGUUCGUCGAAAGGGGUUCAAGGGGAAAUUUAGAAGUAAAAACCCUCUUAAAACCUUCUCAUCUGAGGGACCAAAGCGUGCACCUAAAGCUGGGGUGAAGAGGAAAGGUAAAGACAAGGAUGAAGGUCAGAGGCGCAAGAAAAAACAAUCUGUAUGA